AUGUCUGCUACAUUUAUUAUUCCCCAAUCAAUCAGAGAAGUGUCUACCAAUUCAAUUACUUUACUAGAAAACGUCAACAAUUCAAAUUUAGAAAAACCAAACUAUACUGAACAUCCUGCUCAAGGAUAUCUCGCUAGAAUAUCUAAUCUACCGGCAGUUACUGCAAUCAAUGGUAUGAUCUCGUCUUUUCCUGUAGUUAAAAUAUUUACAUCCAAUCUUGUUCCAGUAUUAGUUGCUAGAGAGCAAAGAAAAGAAACUCAACGGUUAGAGAAAAUAGUUGAAUAUCAAAGAAAGUUAACCAAAUAG